UCCUUUUGUUCUCGUUUCCCUCUCUCUCUUCUCUCCCUCUUCUCUCAUCUUCAUCAGCACAAACACACUCGUUCUUUUCCAUCCCAUCCCAUCCCAUCCCAUCACCACAUUCGUUUGAACAUCAACACAAUAUAGCCUACCUACAGAGUAGUGUAGCCGUCUACACUAGGUAUUCAGUCAGUCACUCGUUAACACCCAAAGGUAAACGAAAAACCGAUACAUCAUCAUCAUCAUCAUCAUCAAGAAAACUCAACAACAACAACAAUGUCCUUCAGAAUCGUCUCCUCCCUCGCCGUCCUGGCCACCGCCGUCCUGGCCAAGACCGACCUCGCCGGCUGCGUCUCCUCCGACUCCAUCUUCACGCCCACCCAGGGCGGCACCCCCUACGCCACCCGCGUCUGGUACCUCCCGGACACGGGCGAGAUCUGCGCCGCCCUCGACUGCGGCGGCGGCCGCGCCCCUCCCAAGACCACCGUCCCCGGUUGCGCCGCCUACGAGGGCACCGAGACCUACUCGCCCUCCUUCCUGCCCCUCAAGACCACCGCCGCCGACGCCGUCGCCCAGACAACCCUGCCGACCGUCACCACCUCCGUCCCGGAGACUGCGGCCGUCACCACCGCCACGGGUAUCGCCAGCAGCACUGGCACCGCCACCGGCGAGAGUGCUCUCGCGACGGGCACCAAGUCCGCCGAGACUGAAAAGGUCGAGAGCCUGACCGGAAGCGAGGUCGCCACCUCGCCCGCUUCGGAGCCCACCACCACCACUACCGCCGCCGUCUUCCCCGACGUCGGAGGCAACGCUACGGCCACGUUCUUGGUGUCGACCACGUCGGGAGUCAGGCGCCAGACCUCCAUCCUGGGCGGCGGUUCUGCUGCGACGGCCGGCACUUCGGCCACCAACAGCCCCAACGCCGCCGCCGCCCCUACCGGUGCGUCCCGUGAGCUUUUCGGUCUCGUCGCCGGCGUGGCCAUUGGUGCGGUUCUGUUGUAAACAUGAUUUUGUUUUGCUUUUUUC